GUGGAAGUGUAUGGUUCCGUUGAGUUUUUGCAAACGAGCCGCAUUUCCAGUGAAUCAAUUUGAAAUUCCCUCGAAACGUUAUGUCGACAAACGACGUCAACAGCGACGACAAUUUCUUGCCAUCGCACGAAAUGUGAUCUUUAACGUCGGCAAGAGGCCAACAAAAUUGAAUAAAAUAAAAGGCAAACACUCAAACAUACACACAGACGCUGCAAGCACAUGCACACAUUGACAUUUCAGAUGGGUACACACUACACACACACACAAACACAGAGAGAUAGAGCAACCGAGCGAGCGAGCGAGCAUAUACAAUAAAUCGACCAUCAUCAUUGUAUACUCGGAUGCAUAUGGCGAUCUAUUUCAUACGGUGUGUACUUAUGUGCACAUAAUUUUUGUCCUUCGUUCCAUUCCGAUCGAAGUGAAGUGAAGUGAAGAGAAGAGAAUACCGAGCGCAAAAAAAAAACGUAACGUCAACGGAUCAAUUGUGUUUGCUACUGCAUUCAUUCCGAUUCAUACAGUGCAGCAAAAAUGUACGCUGAACACGAAUCGAGAAAAAGAAGAAGAAGAAGGAGGAGAACAAAAAAUAAAUAUGCUAUUAACUCCUAGAAAAAUGCUGCACUGGAAUAGCUGAAUAACAUACAACAACAACAGCAGCAGUAAACACAUCAAGUACAUUAACAUUUAUAUUUCAAUGCAGCACAUAUACAGUGUCAGCAGUAUGUAUACAUAUGCUCACUGCUGCUUACGGCCUAAUGCGAUUGCGUGUGUAUGUGUGUUUCUCAGUAUAUAUGAUACGUAGUCCCCUAUGUUAGAAAGUUCGUUUUUUUUUCUUCGUAAUUAUGAUAUUUAAUGGAUGAACGAUUAAAUAUGAAAAAGUAUUUCAAAGUAUUCACAUAUCGUUGAAAGUUUGAAAAUAACAACAACAAAAGCUGAUGAGAUUGAGAGAGAGUGAGAGAGAGAAUGAAAAAUGCAUUCAAAAAAUGCCAUUAAAAUGAAUAAUAACAAAGUUCAACAAAUAUAUAUGCAUCAUAACAGAAAAAAACGGCUGAAUAAAUAAAUAAAAAAGAAGAAGAAGAAGAAGGUUGACAUAACACAUCCCCUAUCAUUAAUUUGUCGUUUUUAUUUAUUCAGCUGAAACACCGAUUCGAAAUCUACAUUUUCCCAAAUAAAUUUAACCACUGCCGCCAUCUCUGAACAUAAAUGUGAAGCGAACGAGACAUUUGUGACUUUUCAUACGGUGCAGCUGCUUUCAAAUGUGUUUCUGCUUCAAUUCCUCAAUUCUCUUUGUUCUUUUAUCACAAGGAAAGCACUCGAUGUGCUCAACGGAAAUGAUUCGAACAAAUUUUUUGGGCAAUUUUUGUGAAAUAAAAGAAAAAACAUUAUGAAAAACAAAAUGAAAAUCGUAAAAAAGUGAUCAAAAAAGUAUGACCAAAUCUCCAAUAAUCACCAAAAUUCAACGUAAAUCAUUCAAAUAUGGGGGAUUCAACUUAAACAUUGCAUUCAACGAACAUACCCGAAAAUUUUUCAUUGUGGCAACUGAACCCGCCGUCGCUCUCUCAUAAGAUACAAUAUGAUUGUUUUGACUAUUCAACUCCGGUUCAGAAUCAUCCGGUUAACACAUCCAUUCUCUCUAUCUGUGCAUACUAACACAUUCAAAAACGCCACUACGAACGGUCACGAUUUUUCAAUCGAUGUGCACGAGUGUAAGCGGGAUAAAAAGAUAUAAACCGAAACCAUAAUAGAUUCCGUCAGAUAGAAAACUAUGAAGUUUUCUAGACAAAACGAUAAAAAGAGAGACCGAAAAAAGGGAGUGAAAGAGCAAACAAGAACGAUAUCGCAUACACAUAUUGUGUGUGGUGUGCAAACGCAACCGGAGAAUUGUAUAUACACAAAAAAAAGCCAGCCUAGAACGGCUCUAAAAAACAAUGUUCGCAACAGCAGAAGCAGCAGCAGCAGCCAAUAGUUUAAGGUUUUAAUACACACAUUCCAUGGUUUCGGUGUUCGGAACGAGAACAAAACGAAAUAUAAAGGCAAAUAUACACACGAAUAAAAAUAACGAAGUUCAAUUGCGUAUUGUUGACAUUCAUAUUGACACAUUCAACGUUUAAAAAAAUUUUUUUAUUCGAAUACAUUACUGUUUUCGAUGUUUCUGUUUUUUGUUUUCAUCAUCUAAAUAAACGAACAAAUAUUUCAAAAAAAAAACAACAAAAUCGUAAUGUGAAAUUGUUAAGUGUAUCAGAGAAAUUUUCGGAAUAAGAAUGUUAUAAAGUGGUUUUGUUUUUUUUUCUUCGGUUGGGCGUUUGUGAUUGAAUUUCAAGAGAACAUAGAACAUUCUACCAAAAGGUGUACCGGGUAUAACAACAACAACAUAAAAAAAGGAUUUCGAAAUGUAAAGAAACGUGUCAAAUUCUCGAACAAAACAAAAUUAAUCGAAAUUUUAUGGAAAUUGUGCGAAUUUCCCAUGUAUGGUUGAGUUUGAACGCCAAAUAUUACCCAUUCAUGGAUGGUAAAUGAUCUCAAGAAUAUGAUCAGUGUUUGUUCGCCUACGAAAAAAAAAUACCUUUACGCAUCCAAAUGGACAACAAAAUAAACAAUAAACUAUGAAUGCCCCAGCUCUGAAUGAGAGCACGGAGCUCUGAAUGAGAGUGAAAACGGUAAAAUCAUAUUUUGUUGGGUAAAGAGCACGAAAGUACACGCACACGGUGUGUGUGUGAGAGAGUGUAGUUUUUCUUUCGUUACCCGCCAAAAUCAAUGUGUGUCCGCCUGAAUGGUGAUCGAAUCGUGUUAGAGAGACCAUUGAAGAGACAACAUUCGUAGUGGUACGUGCGUGCGUUGCCGAUAGAGGCUAGAAACAAAUAAAACAACAGAAAACGGGAAAGACAACGCAAAAACAGAGCGAGAAUUGAGAGGGAAAAAGUGUCAUUUGUUCGCGCAUUCGAGUAUAUUUAUCCUGACCAUACACAUUGCAUCUAUCGAUUGAACCUGUUUGAAAUUAUACGGAGGGAGUUCAAGUACGCGUACUCAUACCGCGCUCUGGUUGGUCGGAGAGAUCGAGACACAGACAAAGAUAGAUGAGUCAAGUUUUUGAUAAUUUCGGUACGUGCAUUCAUAAUGGAUGAUUUUCAAUUGUUUGAUGGUGCACGAAGAACGGAUUCAACACGAACCACCCAUAAUCCAGAACCGAAAUUCUACGCAGACUUAAGCAUAUUUGCGUGAAUGCGAUUGUCAUUUCAUCAAGAAAACAGAGACGAAGUAGAAGAAUAACAACUAGACAACAUAAUCAUCCAGUGACGUAUUUAUUUGUGACAAAUAUCGAAAUAAUAUGCCUUGGUGGACGUGCUUCAAUUGCGCCAGCAAGACAACACAAACCAAUUGUAAUGACGUUUUCGUCUUGGAUUACGCACAUCAUUCGCUUCACGAUGUACCGGCCGAUGUAUUUCAAUACGAAAGAACGCUGGAAGAACUGUAUCUUUCAUCGAAUCGGAUCACCGAAUUGCCGAGACAAUUGUUCCUGUGCCACGGACUGAAAGUGUUGGAUCUCAGCGAUAAUGAUCUAUCAUCAAUACCAACGGCCCUUUCAUCAUUGACCAACAUGAGAAAAAUCAAUUUAGCACGAAACUCCUUGAUUCGACUCACCGAUUCGAUAAUCGCGUGCAAAUCGUUAACAUUUUUGGAUUUAAGUAUAAACAGUUUGGAGAAGCUUCCAGAUGCCAUAACCAGUUUAUUUGGGCUCGAAGAGCUCUAUUUGAAUGAUACAUUUUUAGAGUAUUUACCGGCUAAUUUUGGUCGACUAACCAAUUUACGCAUACUCGAAUUACGUGAUAAUAAUUUGAUAACACUGCCAAAGUCCAUGAAUCGUUUGCAGUGCUUGAAACGGCUUGAUAUUGGCAACAAUGAAUUUACCGAAUUGCCCGAGGUGAUUGGAAGUUUGACGGCGUUGAAUGAAUUGUGGGUUGAUGGAAAUCGUAUACGACGCUUCAAUUGCAAUGUAUCGAAUUUGAAAGAACUGGUGCAUUUCGAUGCAAGUAAUAAUUUAAUACAAUAUCUACCGACGGAGAUUGGCAGCUGGCAACGAUGUCAGGAAUUGUGUUUGUCGGCCAAUGAAAUUGAAGAGUUGCCAUUUUCCAUUGGAAUGAUGAAAUCAUUGAUUGCAUUGAAAAUGGAUGAGAAUCAAUUGCAAGAAUUACCCGAUUCAAUAUGCGAAAUGGAAAGUCUCGAAGAGCUGAUGGUCAGCCAUAAUGAUUUAUUCAAAUUGCCCAGCACCAUUGGACUGAUGCGUCGACUGAGAUUUUUAACAGCCGAUGAGAAUUUGAUUCGAUCGUUACCGAACGAAAUUUGCAGUUGCUCCAGUCUGACAAUACUGAGUGUGCGUGGCAAUAAAUUGACAAAAAUCCCGGUAGACAUUGGCCGCCUGACACAAUUACGUGUUCUGAAUAUUGUCAAUAAUUUCUUAAGCAAUUUACCAGUGACCAUACUGAAUUUAACACAAUUGUCCGCCCUGUGGAUAUCCGACAAUCAGAGUCAACCGUUAAUGCCUUUACAAAAAGAAUUCCACAAAGAGUCGCAAUGUUUUUAUUUGACCUGUUACCUAUUGCCGCAAGUGUACACUACAAAUGCAACGCCAACACCAAAUGCACCGCCAUCCACAUCAACGGCACCGGAUAGUAAUUAUGAUUAUUAUGCACCAUCGACCUGUGAUACAAAUUCGCAAACAAAUAUGCAUAUCGCUGCCUUAGAGAAUCUAUCGUUGGCUGCCAUUGCACAGCAGAAGCGAAAACGAAAUAUUUGCUUUGCAUCCGAUCCACCACAAGAGAUUGCACCAAAUUUGAGGCUAAUGCGUUCACCGACACCAUAUCCCAAAGAAUUGCGAAUGAUGCAAGCCAAAUUCGCGGCCAAUAAAAUGCAACACCAGCAAAUCCAUAUGCAACGGCAUGCACAACAACAAGAGAAUGGCACAAAUAAUCUCGACAAACAUAGUAACACGAAACCGUUGAACACGAUGAACACGGAAAAUAUUAUGAAUAUGCAAGCACAACAGCAGCAGCCGCCGCCGCCGCAGCAGCAGCAGCAGCAAGCGACCAGUUCGAAUGAUUUUGAUGCCGCAAACCAUUUGCAUGGCAUGCCACCGAUGAUGAACAACAUCGGAAACGACAUGACCAUCGGCAAUAUGAGCGUACCAAAUAUCAAUAUGAACAAUGUUCCAAAUGCAAACAUCAAUAUGAAUCUUUCAAAUGCAAAUGUCAAUAUCAGCGUGCCCAAUAUGAAUCUAGCGAAUAUGAGCAUACAAUCGCGUCAACAUUUACCGCCACUUAAUCAGCCACAUCAACCGCUCGAAUACAACAAUGUUUCACGACAAUUUCCAUCCAAUCCGAAUGCCUACGGUGACAUGUACCGAAGUGACAGCCGAAUGCAAACACCAAUCAUGCAUAGCACCGGCAUUAACAAUGACUUAGUUCAGUAUGAUUCCAUGAACGCCGUGCGACGAAAUGCAUCCGGUUUUCCCGAAUCUGACACCGUCGAUUAUAAUGACGAAGAAAAUGGCCUACCAAAUAAUGAUAUCAACCAACAGCAACAUCAAUCAUAUCAUACAACCCAUCCAUACGAUACGAAUUCGAUUGAUGAUGACAGUGAUUUGAAAACCAACCAUCAUCUUCAGUCGUAUCCAGUCGUACCAAUGGACACCGAAACCAAUCACAACAACAUCCAUUUGGAUACACCGCAGCAACAACCGCCACCGUAUCACAUAGCUAAGGCGUUUACGAAAAAAACCAAACAAGAUUUACUCAUUUACGAUAUCUAUCGAAAUAACUAUCAGCAAAAUGUAACCAAAUCAAUGGAUCAACCGGAUCAUCCAGAUAAUUCGUUGUCAACGCAAGAUGCCAGCGAAAGCAAUUCGACCAUAAGCAAUUCAUUCAAUAUCGUUGAUUCGGACAACAAUGAAAUCAACACAAAUGAAACCAUCAACCAUAGCCGUAACGAUUCGUUGUUGCAAUCGAAAACACCGUGGCUCUUUGGCGAACAUAAAAAUCCAACUGUGAUGCAAUUGAGUGUUCCGAAAGUUUCAAGUGAUAUUGGAUUUAAGAUCGUUAAACAUUUAAAUCAGGGAAUAUUUAUAAGUGAUGUGGAAAAGCAUUCAUCGGCGUACGGUAAACUGAGUGUGAGGGAUAAAAUUUUGGAUGUUGAUGGCGUUGAUUUCAGCCGAAUAUCAUUGGUCGAUGCAGAAACGGUUCUAUCGAAUGCUGGAUCAGUGAUGAAUAUCAUGAUAUCGCGUGAUAAAUGAACAUUCUUUGUUGUAAAAGUAAACAACAACAACAACAAAAACUACUACCAAUUAUUUGAGCAAUAGCGUUAUUUCUACGUGUUUCCGAAUACCAAUUUUUUCACACACAUACACGUUCAAUUGUACAAUGCUAAUAACUUAAAUCGAUGAGACUAAUUUUUUUUUUUUGCAUUAUAAUGAUUUUUUUUUUUCAUAGAAAUUCAAUUCGUAGCAAGUAAAAAAACAAAGAUUUUUUUUUUGUACGAAAUUGCAUAAAAACCCGAAGCAAAGAUUUAGCUUCACUGCAUUGAAUAUAACCAAUUUUUUUUCUUCACCCUCUCUCUCUCUUCCUCUCUCUUACAUGUGAAUAGUUCGAAAUUUAAAUUAAAAGUAAAUUAAAUUAUCAA